AUGCCACGACGUAAGAGGAGUCGAGUUGUAGUGGAAAGAGAGGAAGAGGAGGAAGAGGAGGAGUAUAACGAGCCUGAAGAGGAAGAAGAGGAAGAAAACGAGGAAGAAUACAACUCCCAAAGAGGCAAUGAAGAGCCCGAGGAGGAAGAAGAGGAGGAGGAGCCAGAAGAAGGGAGCGUGCUGCUGUAUCCGCGAGAGUUUGGAGACAAGUAUCAUCGAUACGCGGUUCCACAAGUGCUUUUGUCGAGUAUUACUAAGACCCAGAACAAACUGGAAGAGUCGGCCAAGAUUCUCGAGGAAAUCCGUGUGUUAUACACCGAGGACGAAGCAGGCGACGAUGCGGUUAUGGGCGAGGUGUUUUCUGCUGACAAACAAAAAGAAGAAACGUAUGGAACGCUUGUGAACACUGUUGAUCAGGCAUUUAAAUUGACAUUGACAGCGGCCGAGAAAUCGCAAUUUAUUAAACGGUCAGUGGACGACGGGUAUAACUACAUACGGACUCAUCGACUCCCUGACUCAGUUGUUCUUGGAAUCCACAACGUCGACGAAUUAAGUCAAGCAAGACCGUUAGACGAAGUUCUAGAAACCAAUUACAAAGAACGAAUCGAUACAUUCAAAUCGCUACCACAGUCUAAACAAUUUGAACCUCCAUACCUGCUAGGACCAUAUAAGAAGUUCCGAACGGCCAUUUUCGAUGUAAGCCACGAUGCCAGUGAAGAAAUGCCGUCUAUCCAAACAUUCUACGACGACAACGACGAAGACGACCUUGUCGAAGCACGAGCGGUCAUCUCAUUCAAAUGUCCUCUCACCAAACAGUACUUUGAAGACCCCGUCACCUCGUCAGUCUGUAACCACAGCUUCUCCCGAGUCGCCAUCAUGGAAGUUCUCUCUGAACAAACAGCAGCUACAGGCGCGCAAACCAUCAAAUGCCCCGUCUCAGCGUGCCAGCACUUCUUCGGCACCCACAACCUGCGACCCAACCCGCAACUGGCCCAACGAGCCAACGUCCGCAAACAACGCGAACUCAAAGAGUCUCAACGCCGCGACAUAGCCAUCGAGGCUCUCUAA